CUCGCCAUUCUUUAUAUACUUCUCACUUCUCACCCACAUAGUUUUCAUAAGCAUAUUCUUCUUCUCUUUUUGAAGCUUCAAAGUCUGCAACUUUUUCUUGGAUUCUCACACAGAUCCUUCCAUUCCAAUACAAAAAAACCAACAUGAAGAAAGUUGUGUUGAAAUUGGACUUCUUGGAUGAGAAAACCAAACAAAAGGCUAUGAAAAACGUCUCCAGUCUCUCAGGGGUGGAUUCGAUAGCAAUGGACAUGAAAGACAAGAAACUGACUGUAACAGGGGAUGUAGAUCCAGUGACAAUUGUGUCGAAACUGAGGAAGAUUUGUCAUACGGAGAUAGUUUCAGUUGGGCCGGCGAAGGAACCGGAGAAGAAGAAGGAAGACGGCGGGGCUGCCGGCGGCGGUGACAAGAAGAAAGAAGACGAUAAAAAGAAAGCAGAUGAUAAGAAGAAAGAAGAUGAAAAGAAGAAACAUGAAGAAGCUUUGAAAUUAGCUUAUGCUGCUGCAUAUCAUCAACAGCCAUAUCCUUAUUACAAUUAUCAACAACAGCAGCAACAACCAUAUUACUAUAAUCAUCCACCUACACCAUACUAUUCUAAAGUUGUUCAAGAUGAAACCCCCAAUUGUGUUAUUUGCUAAUCAAGUAAUCAACACAUGUUCAUAAUCAUAAUCAUAUCUCUUCUGCUGCUGAAAUCAAGAAACCAGAUCUUGGGGAGGUUGUUGAUGGAUUGGAGUGAGAAAUUUCCAGUUUUUUUAAUUAAUGUAAAUCAUUUCUUAAUUAUAGUUAUAUUGGGUUUAAGAGGGUGUCAUUAAGAUAAAUUAUCUUGCCAGAUCAGGAAUCUCUAAAUCCAGAGUAGCCAUACAAUAGUGAGUUGUGCAAUUAUGCAUUGGGAGUUGUAUGUUAUUCUAGAUAUAGUAUUUUUGAUUCUGUAAAAAGUAUUUACCUUUUUGGUUUUGAGUUAGAGGUUAGGAUCUAGUGAGGAAGGAGGUAUAUGUAAGUGGUGGGGUUAUGUUUGUUAUGUAGUGAUCCUGUUCUUUUAGCCAUCAUAAUCUUUGGAAAGAAAACACAAUUAUUGUUUUAAAGU